AUGCGCAGAAUGUCUACCAUCACAAUUGGAAACCUACCCCGUUUGUCCUCAAAAGCUCUCUCUGAUAUCCUUCUUUCUCACGCCUCGUCGAACCUGGAUGCCCCUUCCAAGCCGCAGAAUUUAGCUAUUAUUGACGUCCGUGAUGAUGAUCACAUAGGCGGUCAUAUCAAACAUUCCACCCACGUCCCAUCCUCCACUCUCGACUACAAGAUCCCCGAAUUAGUCCGAAAAUUGAAAGAUAAAGAUACGGUUGUAUUUCAUUGUGCUUUGAGUCAGCAAAGAGGUCCCAGUGCUGCAUUGAGAUAUAUACGCGAAAGGGAGAGGAUUAUGGGCGCGGGUGCCGGCAUGAGCGCUGGAUCUGUUGGAGAAGCAAUGAAGAAGAAUAAAGAGGCAGUCGAGAACAAAGCUGAUGACGGGGAAUGGGAGGAUGUUGAAGAGGAAUCUGAGAAGAAAGGGCAAAAAGUCUACGUUCUGGAUCAAGGGUUCGUUGGAUGGCAGGAGAUAUAUGGCGAAGAUUCACGCUUGACAGAAGGAUAUCGGAAAGAGAUCUGGGAAAAUGGUUAUUGA